AUGGCAACAUCCGCUGACCUUUCCAAUCUAAAAGGUCAAUUUCAUGCCAGAGCUAAAGGUCAUGACAAGUGUCCCAGCCACAGGAAAAACCAAGUGGUAUUUUUGUGUCAGGUCUGUAACAUCCUGAUUUGUACUACCUGUUCUGUUACAACACAUAAAACUCAUAAUGACAGUUUCAUCGAAAUUUCAGAAUAUACUCAACAGUGCAAAAAUAAAGUUCGGGACUUUGUUUGUGAAAAUGAGAACAAAAGAAUUCCGAAAUUUCACGUAGAAAAGAAAUCAGCCGAGGCACGUCUUUCAGCUUUAAAAUCUAAAUACAAAAACAUUCGUGAUAAGAUGAAAUUAGAACGAGAUCAAUGUAAAGAUAUAUUAGAUAGAAUAACAGAGGAUUACCUAACAUUAUGUGACAAGAUGGAGGACGCAGAAACAGAGCUACUUACGUCACACAUCACUGACCUGGACGAGAGGAUCGACACUUUGGUGAAACUUUCAUCAGAGUGUAAGCAGACCCUCCAGACAGGAACUAAUGUACUUGUGUAUGACUCGGCAACAGAAGUCCGGGACAUGGACAUCAACAUCCCACGGAUACCUGACAUAGGUGUAAUAGAUUUUACCCCAAGUAAGGACAGACUUAGUCACCUGAAGCAGGCCAUGGGGGCGAUAGAGACACCUACUGACCAUUUCCGGGCAGUAUCAGCAACUGGUGGUCACUAUAACCGAGGUCCAGUAGUGAAACAAAACCAGUCUACAGAGUUGGGCCAAACGUCCACUGAAGAAGACAAGUAUUUCAAACUGUGUGAAAGUCCAAUGAUUAAAUCCAAGUUCCCAUACAGGGAUAAGAUCUCAUCAAUCUGUCCUACACCUGAUGGACGUGCCUGGCUGUGUAAUUAUAACACCAGUACACUAAACCUCAUCAACAACAAAGGUAAAGUCCAGCAACGGAUACAACACAACAGUAACACCACAGACAUCAGUCUAGACCCCACCACAGGUCGUCUGUGGUUCUGUUGUAAAGGGGAGAGGACUGUCAAUGAGAUAUCUACAUCAUCUACCCUAGUCAGAAGGUUUAGUACAGAGAAUCAUCCACACAGCCUGUGUGUGACCAGGGAGGGACGGGUAGUGGUUGGUACAGAAGGUAGACAGGGGUACAAGGUAUUGAUAUGCACAGCAGAGGGUCAGGUGUUACAUACAGUCACUGUAGAUAGGUCAGGGUCUUGUUGGGUAAGAUCCAUCACACAGUGUCCUGUUACAGGUAACAUAGCUAUAGUAAGUAAGAAACUAAUCGAUGGAGAAUACAGUGAUCCAGACAACUACAGAAGUCACGUCAUUGUGUAUAAUUCAACACUCCAGCCUCUGGUCCACUAUCGUGGGGAGGGGAUACAGGCAAGAGAGGCGGUCACACCUGACAAGUUUGGUCCGAUCAAACUGGUAUACGACAGUAAGGGUAAUAUUGUUAUUGCUGACACGAAAAGGAAAACAAUAGAACUAAUAAGUGGAGAAGGAAAGUACAUAAAAACACUCCACACAAACAAAGGACGACAGGGAGUAGUCGGUAUACAGAGGGGUGAUGUGUUGUGGUCCAGCUUAGUGUUAGAUACUGGAGAGAGGGGAUUCAAACUCCUCGAGUAUUAUAGUGACUGA